CCCACAGAGGCCGGAAGCACUUUUCAGCUGAACGAAGCCAGCUUCCUCUGAUUUAGCACCAUGCUUCACCGUAGGAAAGUCUCCUAGCACUAUGAGACUACCUUUCAUCAUACUUAUCUCUCCUUGGUUAUAUAGCUCCUUACAGCACGUGAAAUCGCCCUACAUUUAUCAUUCAUCCUGCCUUCGCACAAUUUCCAUGUGAUGUCUCCUAAACAGUCCUUACCCACACCAGCCAUCUGCAGACAGACCGAAGAAAUUCGGCAUGCCAGCGACGCUGGUGCAAAUACUUGGUUUCUGCAUCUAUCCCUCGAGUUACGAUAGAUGGUUUACCAAUCUGCGUUCAAGCAAUUACCCUCAUGUCUCAAUCUAAUCAUGAGAAGCAACCGAAACCGCGAAUCGACUGUACGGUCUCAGGGGCGCCAGGCCGUCUUAUGGCAAAGGGGACUUGGACCUGCAAGCAAAUUUAUGUCCUUCGGCAAGCAGGUAGAUGGGGAUAUCUGUCCACGCAUCUACGGUCGACCCAUGAAUAUAUGCAUCUACCAUGCAUCAACUCAACAAUUCGUCGAGCAGAUAGGCUCCCAUGCUCAAUUCUUACGACAGUUCAAAGUUGACCUCGCUGAGAAUAGCGCUCCACUACACAAACCACGCACUCCAACCUUCUUAACCCUUCCUUGCGAUGUCGCUCUCAAGUGCGUAACAAUAUACAUCGGCUCUGCGAACCUGAGCUCGAAGUUGGGCUAUGAUUACACAGAUCACAAGAGUUUUCGGUCAGAGUCGGCAAAAGUUUGGCUCCAUCUUGCAGGUCACUGGAUGGUUGAAUACGGGUGA